AUGACGUCCCCACAUCCCAAAGCCAUCGGGCUGUCGUCCCCGCGCAGAAGGGCCGAGAGUGUUAGGUCUUCGAAACGGAUAGAGCCCUCAGAGACAAAACAAGAACAGUCAGAGGCCAGAGAUCGAUCCCAGUCCAUCGCAUCGGCCAAGCAGCCACCAAGCACUGGUUUUGGCCCCGCCGACCGCGUAUUUCCUAUUCGGUCGGUUGUUUCGGUCGACCACACAGCUACCCCCCAGUUUUCGGGUUCAGCGCACCCCCGGGAUGCGAUAUCGCCAAUCCAAGAAGGGGCGCGACAGUAUCCGUUUAUCGACCAACGGACAUGGAACUCACUUUCCUCGGUUUCUUCCGAUCACCCUCAUCACCCCGAUCCCGAGCACGCCGAACCUACCAUCCCCACCGACAUUCCACGUCAUGAGACACAUGCUAUAAAUGACAACACAGAACUUGCGACUCAUUCCUUGGCAUUGGAGGUCAUUCAACACCCAGAAAUCUACGCUAAACCUGCCCCAAGCGACAGCCAGUGUGGGAGCGGGUCCACCGCGCCUCCAUCCUCCCACACCCAGCGUGGGAACUAUGAAGACCAUGCUUAUGCUACUGCCCGCUUCAAACAUGUCAUGACGGAUAAUGGCCAUGCUGUCAUCACAGGGCGAGAUGGAGAAGCAUUUCAAUACUGCGAGGACGAGCCUAUUCGCAUCCCUGGAGCGAUUCAGAGUUUCGGGUUAAUGAUUGCCCUCCGUGAGGAGUCGCCAAAUCAGCUUGUAGUUCGCAUUGUGAGCGAGAACUCGGCUGACUUCUUGGGAUAUUCGCCCAAGCAACUGUUUGAGUUGAAAAGCUUCUGUGAUAUUUUGAGUGAGGACCAGGCGGAGACACUACUGGAUCACAUCGACUUUGUUCGUGAUGAUGCACAUGAUCCAUCGAUCGAUGGGCCGGAGGUUUUCAAUAUAUCCAUCCGCACACCUGAUGGCAAGCGGUGCAAAUUCUGGUGCGCCACCCAUGUCUCUCAGGCGCAAAAGGAUUUGAUUAUCUGCGAGUUCGAGCGUGAGGAUGACGAAGUGAACCCGUUGAAUGUUGAGGGCCUCGACACUCCGGCGGUUCCCACGGACACCCUGGGCAUUAUUCCAACUCCAGAUCAACUUGCCGCGAGCACAAUCAACAUCAGCCAGCCUCUCCGCGUUCUUAGGAAUGCCCGCCGUAGGAAAGGCCAGGCAUCUCCAAUGGAAGCUUUUAGUAUCUUGACUCAAAUACAGGAGCAGUUGGGGCGGACGAAUGAUCUAGAUCAGCUACUUAAUACAACUGCGGGAUUGGUUAAGGAGCUGACUGGCUUUCACCGAGUUUUGAUAUAUCAGUUUGAUAGCAGCUGGAACGGCAUGGUUGUUGCCGAGUUAGUUGACCCCAACACUACUAUUGACCUCUACAAGGGUCUUCAUUUCCCUGCCUCCGACAUUCCCGCACAAGCCCGUGAACUUUACAAAAUCAACAAGGUCAGACUUUUAUAUGAUCGCGACCAAGUCACUUCUCGACUUGUGUGUCGGACCUUGGAGGAUCUCGAAUCCCCGUUGGACAUGACUCACGCCUAUCUUCGCGCGAUGUCCCCAAUACACGUGAAAUAUUUGGCACACAUGAAAGUCAGGUCUUCAAUGUCAAUAAGCAUCAACGCUUUCAACGAUCUCUGGGGAUUGAUAUCCUGCCAUAGUUACGGAAAUGCCGGUAUGCGCGUGUCAUUUCCAAUACGCAAAAUGUGCCGGCUUCUCGGAGACACUGUAUCUCGAAACAUCGAACGACUUUCAUAUGCUUCUCGCCUUCAGGCCCGAAAACUAAUCAACACUGUCCCGACCGAGGCCAACCCCUCAGGCUACAUCAUUGCUUCGUCGGAUGAUCUGCUGCAACUAUUUGAUGCAGAUUACGGAGUCUUAUCGAUUCGCGAUGAAACAAAAAUUCUUGGUGACAACAAUAAUUCCCAGGAGGUGCUUGCGUUGAUAGAAUUCCUUCGCGUACGUCAGUUGGAUGCAGUGCUUGCCUCACACGAUAUCGUCAAGGAUUUCCCUGAUUUGCAUUACGCCCCGGGACUGAAGGUAAUCUCUGGUCUACUAUAUGUUCCGCUCUCUACUGGUGGUAGUGACUUCAUCGCAUUUUUCCGCCGUGGACAUCUCACAGAGAUCAAGUGGGCUGGUAAUCCUUACGAGAUUGAGAAGCGAAAGCAGACCGCAGGAUAUCUUGAACCCCGCGAAAGUUUCACGGCAUGGCGGGAGACAGUUCUAUCGCAAAGUAGAGAGUGGACAGAGACGGACGUGGAGACAGCGGCGGUCUUGUGCUUGGUCUAUGGUAAAUUCAUCAAAGUGUGGAGGCAGAAGGAGGCUGCCAUGCAGAACUCACAACUCACUCGACUACUUCUGGCCAACUCUGCACAUGAAGUUCGGACCCCCUUGAAUGCCAUCGUUAACUAUUUGGAGAUUGCACUUGAGGGUGCUCUAGACGAUGAAACCAGAGAGAGCUUGACCAAAUCUCAUUCUGCUUCCAAAUCACUAAUUUAUGUGAUCAACGAUCUCCUUGACUUGACGAAUACCGAAACAGGCCAAAAUCUCAUUAAAGAUGAGAGAUUCGACCUUGAAUCAACCUUUAGAGAAGCGGCUGAUAUGCUAUCUGGCGAUGCCAAGCGGAAGAACAUCUCAUAUACUGUUUCAGUACAUCCGGGCAUUCCUAAGUCGGUUCUCGGGGACCAGCGUCGUGUGCGGCAAGUUCUCUCGAACGUGAUCUCGAACGCCAUUCAACAUACGAAGUCUGGUGCGGUCACGACAGAAAUGUGGCGCUCUGCCACUCAAACCAUUCCAGGCCAUGUGGGAGUGGAGGUGAUAGUUGUUGAUACGGGAGUGGGCAUGUCGCAAGACAAAUUGGAGACCCUCUUUCAUGAACUCGAACAAGUGUCAACCGAUGAUACUUAUUACCAUGAAGAAGAACAGAAAAUGAAGAACCCACCGCAAAAACGUGUAUUGGGUCUUGGUCUUGCUCUUGCAGCAAGGAUCAUUCAUAACAUGCAGGGCCAGCUUGCUGUCAGAUCGGAAGAAGGGAAGGGCAGUCAUUUCAAGAUUAUAUUGCAAUUCCCAUUGCCAGAGGGGUCAAUCGUGGAUGGAGAUUCUGAUGAACUUACUCGCAAGAGCGUUGUCGUUCCUACCACGCCUCUUCUUUCAGAGAAGGAGUUUACACUAAUUCCUGGAGCACAUGAGUUUUGUGAUACCAGGCGACGAAGUUCUGAAAGCCUCCGCAGUGGUGGUAGUUCCCGUAGUGGACACAGUGGGAGAAGCCACGCUGAUCGGCUCAUCAGUGCCAUGCAAGAACCCCCACUUAAGCGAAGCACUAGCCAGGAUUUAGAUCUGAGACGGCUGAACUUUUCAUCGAGCCCUAAGAGUGCCAGCAACAGUUAUGCGCAUUCUCCUCUUGCAUCACCAUCCUCUGGAAAGCGUGCAUUGCCCACGCUGUCUUCUGUCACGCAUACCCCGCCACUCACAUUACAGCCACUUGUAACCCCUCCUCCUCCAGGUCUGGAGAAUAUUACGGACUCAGGAGUGCCGAUGGGUGCUCUGCGAAUUCCACAACAUCUCGCCAGUCUCAGGUCCCCACCAAUCCAGCCUACCAAGGAGGAUAACUCUUACUUCCCGAGAUUUUCAUCAAUUACAGAAACAUCACAAGCUCCGUCCUCUGAGACAUCAUCUUCCGCCGUACUCACCUCUGUACCUUCAACAACAGACCACAUCCCACUCAAAGUUCUUGUCGCCGAGGAUGAUCCAAUCAAUAGCAAGAUCAUACAUAAGCGGUUGACCAAACUUGGCCACGCCGUUGAGUUGACCGGCAAUGGUGAAACUUGCACAAUUGCUUUUGCCUCAUCCAUCAAAUACUUUGAUGUGGUGCUGAUGGAUAUUCAGAUGCCGAUUGUCGAUGGAAUGGCAGCCACCCGGGCGAUUCGCGAGUUCGAAUCCAGAACACCCAAAGAAGCACUAUCCGACAAAGCUAUACGCAAUGACCGAGUACCUAUCUUUGCUGUCUCCGCAUCUUUGGUUGAAAAGGACCGCCAAAGCUAUAUGGAUACUGGAUUUGAUGGUUGGGUCAUGAAACCUAUCAAUUUUGCUCGUUUGAACGUUUUAUUGAGCGGUCUCUGCGAUCCGUCCGCCCGACGAGCAGCCACAUACACGCCUGAAGGAGAAUGGGAAAAUGGUGGAUGGUUCAACUCCAAGUAA